AUGUCUUCACCAUCCGACCUCAAAGACAACGGCGACUGGACGGUCAUUUACGACGACCAUAAUGACGAUGACCAAAAUGGCAAGACAGAAGAAAAGCCUUGCCGAAGGAGGCAGUCUCUUGCGCGAACGUUGCCCAUACCAAAGACCAUGUGUAUCAUGUCUGACAACAAGACUGAGAUAUCAACAGUAGCCGAGCUACUCUUCCCGAAGUUGAAAUUACCUCAACUGGGCACCGACUCAGCGGAAAGGGUCUUUCCCGUUCGCUCGGUCGUCUCAUUUGAUUCCACGCCUUCAUCUGCCCUACAGACACCUUCCCUUGAUAAGCCCGAAACGCCGAUAUCUCCAUUUUCAGAUACAUGGAGUGCAGGCUUCACCAAUGAACAAGCGGGCACCCAGCAAAAGAGCGGUAGUGGGAGCGAGAUUCCAUCAGUAUUCAAAGGACAAUCUCACACCAGCCAUAAUAUCGACAGUUCGGCACAAUUGAAAAACAUUGUGCAAAACGGUAGCGAAAUCCUUGACUUCCACAAAACAACAAAGGGGAUAUACUACUCGCAUGAAGAUGAAGAGGACAUCUUCAUUCAGUCAUUCGGUGCACUCGUUGUGAUGACAGAGUCUGACGGUAACUUUGAAGUGCAGAUAGCGAGCGAGAACUCGAAAGAGAUAAUCGGGCAUUCGCCUGAUACUCUCUUCGAGCUUAAAACAUUUGGUGAAAUAUUGCCAUUCUCACAACACAGCAACUUUCUUGCUCAUGCUCAAUUUGUCUUGAGUGAUGACUACUCGGUUCGGGACUCUGGCCCUGAGGUUUUCCUCCUUUCUGUGUUAUCAUCUGAUGGAUAUACCAAGGGCACCUGGUGUACCAUGCAUACGAGCACAGUAUAUAAGAACUAUGUGAUCUGCGAGCUUCAACCCGAGGGUCGAGGGACAAAGGAUCACCCCGAUUCGGAGAGUUUCAAGAGCCAAACGACAACAUCGGAUAGCCGGAACUUGGAUAUGACUUCUGGGGCAUUUUUCGGAGAUGAAAGUCCCCCGAGGGAAGGUCUUGAUGGCAGGACCAGCAAAUUUCCGGACUCAUCAGAGCUUCUCAAUACCAUUCCUCGAGUUCUCCAGCGACUUGCAAAUGCUCAAACAUUGGAAGCACUCAUUCAGCAUACCAUUACCACUUUGCAAAGUCUUAUUGAAUUUGACAGAACUACCACCUAUCAUUUUGAUAGUGAUCGCAACGGAAUCGUGGUCGAUGAUGCGGUUGAUACUUCGUCUGGGUUAACUUCGUACGAAGGGAUCCAUUUCCCGGAAUCAACAUUCCCCGAAGCAUUGAAGAAGCUAUAUACACGCAAUACAGUAUGCUCCUCUUGUUCUGGAAGUCAAGGCACUUCGAAGCUUGUGUAUCGGGCUUCCACCAACAAACGGCCCCUUGACAUGUCAAACACCUAUCUGUCUGCAGCACCGGCGCUCUCAACGUCGCGCACGGAAAAUCCCGUCAAGGCUUGUUUGUCCAUUCAAAUCAAUGUUUUUGGCAAACUUUGGGGCCUGAUAUCAUGUCAGUCCUACGACAGUAGCCAAAGACUCCAUCCUCUCAUCCAGAAAGCGUGUUGGUUUGUAGCCGAGGCGGUUUCAAGUAACAUUGAGCGUCUGUCCUACACCUUGCCCUUCCAAUUUCGAGAGUCGGACAUUUCCCUGGAUAAAGUGAGCACACCUCAAGCUAUCAAGACUCCACCCGGUGAUCUUCUCAGUUUGUUUGGGGCAGAUUACGCCGCAGCGUCGAUUAUGGGCGAGUCCAAGAUCUUGGGGAAACCAAUCGACUCGCAGGAAGUUUUGGCAUUGUUUGAAUACAUGAAAGCCAAAGAGAACGACACUGUGUUCUGGUCCGGAGAUAUCGCUACCGAUUUUCAGGAUCUCAACUACUCGCCCGGCUUCCAUUAUCUUUCUGGUUUGCUUUACGUUCCUCUCUCAGUAGACGGUCAUGAUUUUAUUAUCUUCUUUCGGGCUGAUUUAGAAAGCCAUAACCUUGCGUCCGAUUCAGAGAGAUCGAGUCGACAACUUGAGUGGUCGUCAGCAGAGUUUGGAAAGGCAUCUGUUCUGUCUUUGCUAUAUCGCACUUUCACCGAUAUAUGGCGAGAGAAGGAGACUACGCUGCAAAACAACCAGCUGAUGAGGCUUUUACUCGCUAAUUCUGCACACGAAUUCAGAACACCUCUCAAUGCCAUCAUCAAUUAUCUAGAAAUUGUUCUUGAUGGAUCUCUGGAUCAAGAGACACGAGAUCACAUUUCCAGAUCUCACUCUGCGUCUAAAUCAUUGGUAUACAUCAUCAAUGACCUCCUAGACUUAACAAACGCCGAAAACGGACAACGGUUAAUCAAGGACGAGGCAUUCGAUCUCUCAGAAACCCUCACGGAAGCAACAGACAUAUUUUGGGAAGAAGCAAGACAGAAGGAUGUCGAUCUGCAGGUAGUCCAACACGCAGCCCUGCCUCCUGUUCUCGGAGAUCAACGGCGGGUACGCCAGGUGAUCACCAACUUGAUUAGCAAUGCUAUACAACACACAUCCACUGGGGCAGUAACAAUCGAGUCUUGUGUCGUACCAGAGCCGAUGGAGCCAGAUCAUAUCUGUGUUGAAGUGGCAAUACACGACACUGGAUCUGGGAUGUCCCAAGAGACUGUUGAAACAUUGUUCUGCGAGCUGGAGCAAGUCUCCAAUAAGGGAUAUAUGCAGAAUCCCAAGACAUACGAACAAAUUUCAAGUAGUCAAGUGUUCGAGACUGAAAGUGUGCUUGGUCUGGGCCUCGCGCUGGUCGCCCGAAUCGUGCGCAAUAUGAACGGGCAGCUAAGCUUGAAGUCUGAAGAAGGCAAAGGAAGUUGUUUCAAGAUCAGGCUUGCAUUCCCUCUUCCGGAUGAAGAUAGUAGUCAAAAGCAGAACCCAUGUGCUACGUCAAACGAACCUCCGCAGGAAGAUGAAAGAAAACAAGACACAAAACAAGACACCACAUCCUCACAUUGUGUAACAGGCCAGAAAGAAGACGGUAUUCCAUGUGAAUGUGGUCAAAGUCCAGAAUUUGAAUCAGGUGAAUACAUCGUGAACGUCGAUGUAAGCUUGAACCCCGGCGAAUCAAGAAACCUCUCCAUCUCUGGUCAACAGCUCAAACAGAGCAACCAGCCAGGCAAACCAACAACUUCUCUUCCAAAGAAAGAUCCCGAGCAAUUGCCAAAAGUAUCCAAACCGACCAUCAAAGAAACAUUGUCGGUCUCACCAACAACAAAAUCCCUAACCGACCAGCCCCAAACAACACAACCAAGCGUCCCUCCCACAAUGGACUGGAACCUCCACGUCCUCGUCGCAGAAGACGACCCAGUCAACAGCACGAUCGUCCAAAAGCGCCUCGAGAAAUUCGGCCACACAGUACACAUGACAAGCAACGGCAAAGAAUGCGCAUAUGCGUACAAAGCAAAUCCUACUCAUUUCAACGCAGUGCUGAUGGAUCUACAAAUGCCUAUCGUCGAUGGCCUCGGUGCAACACAGAUGAUACGCGAAUACGAGCAGCAAGAGCUAGCCAAUGAUACCACCCCUGCGCCUCGCAUUCCCAUCUUCGCUGUCUCGGCUUCCUUGCUCGAGGAGAAUCGGAAAAUGUAUAUGGAUUCGGGCUUUGAUGGGUGGGUUAUGAAGCCAAUUGAUUUCCACAGGGUGGAUCGGUUGCUUGGUGGAGUUAGACUUCAAUGGGUGCGAGAGGAGGUUGUUUAUCGGCCUGGUGUGUGGGAGGCUGGGGGUUGGUUUGAGGCAUAA